UGACUAGUUGACUACUCAAACAAUUGUAAAACGAAGCCCGAACAGAUAAAGGGAAAUAACCAAUGCCCAAAAAAAAGCCCAGAAAGUAAACUGAAUGAAACGUUAAUACGUUAUCCGAGUCUCUGCAACUCCACUCAGCUAAGCUUCCAUGUCUGUUCUUUCUUCUUCAUUUGCCAAAUACAGGACAAGUACAAACCAUCCAAGCUUGACUAUACCACCCGUUCGGAUCUUAUGCGGCCCGGUUCCGACCCGGAGGAAGAAUAACACCGACCAAUCGGGUUUUCAGGUGGAUGCAGAAACAACGGUGGUAUAUUGCUGACAAUGGAGUUUACUCGAAGCUCAUAUCAGUGAUGGGAAAGAAAGGCCAAACCAGGAUGGCUAUGUGGCUCUUCUCGGAGAUGCGUAAUUCCGGUUGCCGCCCGGAUACUUCUGUGUAUAAUGCUCUUAUCACGGCUCACCUUCAUUCCCGGGACAAGGAAAAGGCAUUGGCCAAAGCUCUUGGCUACUUUGACAAGAUGAAGGGAAUGGAGCGUUGUAAGCCCAACAUUGUUACUUAUAACAUUCUCUUGAGGGCUUUUGCGCAGGCGCGCAAUUCAGAUCAAGUGAAUUCUUUGUUCAGGGAUCUUGAUGAGACUGUCAUUUCUCCUGAUAUAUACACGUUUAAUGGUGUCAUGGAUGCUUUUGGAAAGAAUGGAAUGAUCCGCGAAAUGGAAUCUGUGCUUGCUCGAAUGAAAAGCCAUAAGUGUAAGCCUGACUUGAUUACCUUUAAUUUGCUCAUCGAUGCAUACGGGAAGAAGCAGGAAUUCGAUAAGAUGGAACAAGUAUUCAAGAGUUUGUUGAGGUCCAAGCAGAAACCAACACUGCCUACGUUUAAUUCCAUGAUCCUGAACUAUGGCAAGGCACGACUAAAGGAGAAAGCAGAAAAUGUUUUCAGAAAAAUGACUGACAUGGGUUAUAAACCAAGCUUUGUCACUCACGAGAGUCUCAUCUACAUGUAUGGAUACUGUGAUUGCAUUUCCAAAGCUAGAGAUUUAUUUGAAGGGCUAAUUGAGUUAAAGGCUCAGAUAAAACCAUCAACCUUAAAUGCUAUGCUUGAUGUUUACUGCAUAAAUGGUUUACCAUUGGAAGCAGAUUCUCUGUUGGAGAGGGCAAUUAGCUUACAAGUGUUUCCUGAUGCUUCAACAUAUAAGCUUCUUUAUAGGGCUUACACUAAAGCCAACUUGAAGGAGCUUUUGGAUAAAUUGCUGAAGCAUAUGGAUAGAGAUGGUAUUAUCCCUAACAAGAAGUUCUUCCUAGAUGCUUUGGGAUCUUCACGAGACAACUCAAAAUCUGCUACUACUGUUGUAACUCAUUCAAAUAGCUCCCAAAAUUUUGCAGAACCUCAGCUGAAAAAUUAGUUGGUAAUUCACAUCAACAUUUGACUUGCUUACUAGUUACUAGCAGAUCAGUUCACAUAUGAGGUGGUAUGUUAUGUGACUUUGCCAUCAUUAUUUAAAUAUUCAAGUUUUGAUUUAGUGAAUCUGUUAUUCUUUGUUUA